AUGGCGUCGCCAAGCAACCAUGUUUCCUCUGCGCUGAACCAUGCCGUCCGAAGCAUAGGGCCCGUCUUUCUCACCGCGACGGUCCUCCUCCGUAACGAUGGCUGCUGCCAGAGCCGAAAGACCCUCUUGGAGCAGCUUCUCCAGCAAUUGACUUUCAUAUCCGGCUUGCUUUAUGGCUUGCAAGCAUUGGCCCAGCGCUAUGAAAGUCUUGGCAUAGCGGUCGAGAGGCCCGCUGCGUCCUAUGCUGCUCUGCAUCGCUGCGAAACCAUCUUUGGGCAUUUGCUGCGAAACCUGCAGGUGCUCACAGAGGAUGAGAUUCUGGAACUAUUGGAGGCUACAAAGUCAAUUUGCUGGACCAUCUGUUGCGCUUGCUCCCGCGUGCAUACACUUUCUAGCAUUCAUCAUAGCCUGGGGCCCGCUGAUGCUCCGUGCCGCCCGGCAUCAGACGCGGUUGCCGCGAAUGACACUCUGUCGCCCGACUGUUCUAUCCCAAAGGAUGAUAUGAAGACCUCUAAGAAUCGUCCUUUGAUGAAACAGCCAGGCCGGCUCAAGCGAUCGAGGCCCGAUAACAUGCUUACUCGAGGGCGGGCCUUGCCAUCCGUUGAUGCCCCAAUGAGACUGAGACCAAGUACGGCUACGGUCCAGUCAUGGAUGAGAGUGUUGAACUCUCCUUGGUAUGACCGUGCACCACUAGAGUACUCGCUGGAGCUCUGGCAGCUAGAGGCUCGCAAUCGGGUCCAUCCCAUCUACAGGGAAGCCGCUUUGGGGUGGUUCAAAUACGCCAAACAAGAGUGGAGUUCCAUUGACGCUCAAGUUGUGAAACUAUUCUCGAGACCGCAUUCCAGUCAUUUCAUACAGUGGGCGUUGGAGUUUGCGAGGAUGCACCUUUCGACUCGACUACAACCGGGCAACAAUCAAACACUGGCGAACCACUUGAUUGACCUCACUGAGGACCUCGGUUUCUGCAGAACGACGCCGUUACAUUUUGCUGCAAUGCUCGGGCUCUCUGAUCUCUGCAAAGCUGUGGCAAAUCCCCUCAACAUCGGCGCCGUGGGCAUAUACGGUUCUGCUUUGUACUGCGCCUUUGUCGGCCCGCCAGUUUUGCUCCUACGUAGCCAGCCGCCGUCGUGGGAUGUUCUCAUCCAAAACAUGGAGCCGACCAAUCAGGCCACCAUUCGGACGCUUGUAGCCCUUGGUGCCGAUUGCGAUUUCCGACUUCGACUUGCGGAUGCACCUUGCACACGUGCGCAGCUGGCCAACGUCGCAUUUAUUGCCUCCGUGAUGAUGAAAGACCCCACCGUCUUUAGGCUCGUCAUGGACACAGCAUCAUGUCAGCUCACGAACGAGUUCACAGGGUUACUAGGCUGCCAAUUUUUUCGCAAAGUCGCUCCAGAGUCGAGGGGAGUGCUCAGUGAACUGACCUGUGCUGCCUUGGAUUACACCCUGGCAAACGAUUCCGAAUGUUGGCCCUGGGAUGAGGACGACGAGAUGGGGGAAGCCAUUGCGGGGGUCAUGAAGCGAAACAAUCUAUCAUACGAUACAAGGACACGGGUGACACUUGGCUUUAUCCCUGACGAUUUGUUUGAAAGCGCAGUCCGUCAAUGCAUACUGCAUGGUAGUGCUCCUUAUUUUCAGCGCUUGUCAAUGGAUUACCGCUUCCAUCCCGACCUUUGCGCGGUGCAGGAUGAAGGGGAAGAGGGGACGAUACUCCAUUUAGCGGGGAGAACUCCGCUCUUGGUUGUCGAGGACCUGGACACACUCAAUGUGCUGGUGAAGCAGCUCAAGGCGUCGACAAAGGCCACGGACAAGGAUGGCCGAAACAUCUGGCACUGCGCAGCGGCCACGAACGACGUGACCAUCUUGGAUUGGCUAUGCCACAAUGACCCUUGCAUCGACGAAAACAUCAACGCCCUGAACAAGCUCGGCCGUUGUCCUCUGGCCGAAGCACUCAUGUACGGUGAGAGCUUGUCUCGUGAAAUCAAGAAGUCAAUCCCGCCGCGACCCCUUGCCGCCUACCGACUUGUCGAGGAGCCGCUCACGAAUUGCCGUGCCGUGCUUGACGACGCCCACAGGCCGAUUUCUCACCUCGCCGUCGAAUGGGGUGAGCUGAGAUUGGUUGAGUUGCUGGCCGCCAGAGGUAUGGAUUUUCGGGCCACAUGCGACAAGGGCCGAACUGCCCUCCAUUGCCUCAGCUCGGCAGCGGAGCCAGGUCUUGUCACACGUCUCUUGCACCUUUGUGACGGUCUUCCCAUGGUGUCUGGCGAUGGAUUCACGCCUCUGGAGACCAUCUUUGACAAUAGCUUCCCGUCUACUUGCAUCGGCUUGUGUCCUUCAAACCACCCCUCAUGCCACAAGGUUAUGGACAAGGCCGUGCUCGAGUCCCUUGUUUCGCACGAGACGCUGCAUCACCACAACGCUGCGGGAGACGGGUGCUGGGCUCUCUUCUGCGCAGCGGUUACGCGGCUUCUCCGUCGCUGCAUGCUCCAUAAGGAGGGCAUAACCAAGGAAGUCGAGUACUCUUUCCUCAACGGCGUAAUGUGCCUCAGCAAUCAGGGCGCUCUUGAAGCUCAUGGGAGAGAGACUGGGAAGGCGGGUGUUUUAUGCUUUGCAUCCGAUGGAGCCGACUCGGACCACGUAUGGGGCCUCCAGGUCAGCCGUUUUGUAGGAUACGUGCUGGGCCCUUGCGCGAAACAUGACGCGGAACACAUGGCGGCCUUUUAUCAAUCCCAGGAGGCCAUGUGGCUGCUUCUCGAGGCCUUCUUCUCCGAGCAUGUCAAAAUUGUGGGAUUUCUCGCCGGCAAGGUUCCACUGCAUCACCCAGUGGAGAGACUGGGCGGUCGCUCCAUCUUGCAUUUGGUGAUGGGAUCCGACAAGUCACGGCCCGACUGUUUCAAGGCGCUAGCACGAAACUCUCACUUUGGCAAAGUGGGCUCCUUUGACAGGCGACUUUGCGACGUCAUCUUGGCGGGUGGCACGACGUGCGCGGUAGCCAAAAUAGGCCUCCUUAUCGAUCGCGGGCUCAAACCUGACAUCCCCGUCAUCUCGGAGAUACCGGAAGAGAGCACUACGCUCCUGGCAGAGGCCGUCUCGAUGAACUACACCGACUUGGUCAAGAUGUUGCUGGAACGAGGCGCUCAUCCUGGGUUUGGCCGCUCCGUCAACGCCAUCACUGCUGCGGUGGAGCGCGAUGACACGGACAUGCUGUCGUUGCUGGCGAGUAAGCUUGACGAGUCCUUCAGCUGGGACUUUAGCGUCUGCCACGCCCACGUCGAGGGUUACAACACCAUCGACGUGGCCAUUGCGCGCAAGUCGCACAGGGCACUGGAGAUGCUUCUUGCGCAAACCGAGAUGAGAAUGAUUGUCAACUCGCCGAGCGCGGUCAAUCGAGGGACGCCCGCCCACUUUGCGGCGCGGCGCGACGACGUGGGGAGCCUGCAGCUGCUGCACAAGUACGGGGCCGAUUUUAGUAUGCUAGACGACGAGGGGCGCUCCGUCUUGGAAGCGGCCAAGUCGAAGGCUACGCAGAGAGUGGUGAGUGAGCUGAUGGGCGCGGCUGCGGCUGCAGCUGCAGCUGCCGAUGUUUGCGGAGUUUGA